CAUCUCUCAAAAAUCAAAUCAGGAAACACAAGCACUCUUAUAAACACACAUAUCAACCGACAACCAUGAACAACAACAAGAACAAGAACAUGAAGAUGAUGAGUUCCGCAAAAGAGAGUGGUAAUGGUACCACUAACAUUUUUAUUACAGAAACGAGGAACAAGAAGGUGGAGAGGAAGGCAUCUAUGGACGUGGACAAAUGCGCAGAAGCUUUCAUCACAAAGUUCAGAAAUCAGCUCCUUCUCCAGCGUCUCGAAUCCAUCGAAAGCAUGCUCUCCCGAGGCCCUUAACACUAUUUAUCAAUAUACACAUGUGUUCUUU